GCCCGAUUAUUCAAACGCGAGAUCAGCAAGAGCGCGUCCCUCCACCUCUCCGGCGUUCACCUCGACGAGGCCUCCCGCCAUGUGCCGCCUGUCGAGGUUUCGCCGCACCGGAAGCGCCGCCGCCGCCGCACCGGGAGGGUUUCUCCACCUCUCGCUCCUCGCCUCCCUCCGCCGCUGCCCCUCGCUCCAGGCGCACGCACAGCUGCUCCUCCACGGCCUCCCGCUCCCCGGCCACGCCGCCUCCCGCCUCCUCCGCCCACACCUCCGCUCCGGGAACCACCUCGCGUCUCUCCGUCUCUUCCUCAGGCUCCUUCGCGACCACCAACCGUCGUUAAACGCCCCACAGGAGACGGAGACGGAGACCGUCCCCAACUCCCAUUCCCUCUCCGCCGCCCUCGCCGCCUGCUCCCGCUACGCGUCCCCCUCCCCAGGACUCUCCAUCCACGCCUUCCUCCUCAAAUCAGGCUACGCCUCCGACCUCUUUGCCGCCAACUCCCUGCUCCAUUUCUAUGCAUCCUUCGGUCAACCUUCCCUCUCACGCAAGCUAUUCGAUGAAAUGCUGGCGAGGGACGCCGUGUCAUUCAACACUCUGAUCAAAUCGUAUGUGAGGUCGUGCUGUGUCGAUGACGCUUUUGGCAUAUUCAGGGUUAUGGUGGAGAGAGGGUUCCGGUUCGAUUGGUGGAGCAUCAAGGCGUUAUUUGGCGCGUGCGCCGGAUUGGGAGACUUGAGGGCUGCAAAAGCGAUGCAUGGGGUUGCCAAGAGGGCGUUGCCGCCUGAAGAGUUUGAUUCAGGACAGGUGGUGAUCGGGUUGGUGGACAUGUAUGUGAAGUGCAGGGGGUUGGCGCUUGCAAGGCAGGUGUUUGAUUUGGCAGGGGAGAAGGCAAGGGAUGUAAAGUUAUGGAGCGCGAUGUUGUCAGGGUAUGCAAGGUCUGGGGAGGUUAGAACGGCUAGAGAUUUAUUUGAUGGGAUGCCCGAAAAGGACUUGGUUGCAUGGACGGUUUUGAUUGGUGGAUUUGUGCAGGCAGGCAGGUAUAAGGACGCACUGGUGUUGUUUGAGGAGAUGGAGGAAGCAGGGUUUGAGGCAGAUGAAGUAACGGUAGUUACAUUGCUUUCAGCGUGUGUUCACUAUGGUAAGAUCGAUGUGGCAAAGAGGCUUCAUCACCGUGCGAGGCAUCAUGGGCUCAUUAGCAGAAAUGCAAGGCUGGCUACUUCCUUUGUGGACAUGUAUGCAAAGCAUGGGUGCAUACAGACAGCUAUGGAUGUGUUUUGUAGCGUCGGCGACGAGUUUAAGACCGUGCAUUUGUUCAAUGCUAUGAUAAAUGGACUUGCUCAUCGCAGUCUUGGCGAGAAAGCUAUUGCACUUUUUGAUAGCAUGGGGUCACUCGGGCUCCACCCUGAUAAGAUCACGUUUACGGCAGUCUUAUGCGCAUGCAGCCGCAGUGGCUUGGUGUCACGAGGGUUUGAGAUAUUUGAUUCUAUGGUGGGCAAGUAUGGUGUUGAAAAAGAUAUGAAGCAUUAUGCUUGCAUGGCUGAUCUUCUUGCAAGAGAUGGACGGCUUGGUGAUGCUUACCAUUUUAUCCAAAACAUGCCUUUCAAAGCAAAUAGUGUGGUGUGGUCAUCUCUUCUGAGAGCAUGUAGGAUCCAUCGAAAUCUUAAGAUUGGAAAACUUGCAGAGGAGCAACUUCUCCAGUUUGAUCCUAGUUACAAGCCUGAAAAGCUCCUCCUCUCUGACUCAUUUUCAGAUGGCAAGAGAAAAGAGAUGGCCACAAGGGUGAGAAAGGCUAUAAAGCACAGACCUGAGCACAGGCAUACUAAAUAUAGCUAUAUAGAGUGGAAUGGUAAUGUUCAUCAAUUUGCUACUACUACUGGUACUUCCCACCCUCAGGCCAAGGUGAUUGGUUUGAUGCUUGAAGAUAUGUCUAGACAGUUGAGCUUUUCAGGACACGAUAUGAGCAAGGAGAAGACUGUCUGCCGUAGUGAGAUGGUUGCUCUAGCAUUUGGCUUGGUAAAUUUAGUCCAAGACCCUGAAACUCCAAUCAAAAUUGUCAGUAAUCUUAGGAUGGAUGCAAGCUGUCAUUUUUCAUUUAAGUGUCUGUCAAAGAUUUACAACAGAGAUAUUUAUGUGAAUGAUGGCACCAAGCUCCAUGAAAUGAAGCGGGGGUCUUGCUCUUGCAUGGACUACUGGUGAUCCUUAUACAAAUCUUCUGGAGAAAACUAUAGCGGUGAUGUUCACAAAUUAAUGUCAAGAAGGUGAUGGCCAGUGGCCAACCACAGCAACAUCCUUUGUUCCUCCACCUUUUGCUCGGUACUAUAACAUAUGAUCACACUGUUCCUGGAGAAUAUAAGUAUCAAGACCACGUAAUGCAGGGUCCAAGUGA